AUGGUGUUGGUUGAGAAUGAAAGGCCAAAAGUGUUGGUUUCGAGCACCGAAAUGGUUUCAAGAUCUUUGGACAAGUCUGCAAGUGGUUGUUGCUGUCGACAUUACCUCGACCUUCUUCCCUUCGAGCAGCGGGUCUUGAAGCGGAGCGUAUUCGGUGACACCAGAUCAAUCAUCAAGCACGCUCCCCGUACACGAGCGAGCAAGGAGAAAGCUGGCCCGGGCCGGUCACACACAAUGCAGAACGGGAGCAGGACAACGUCGUCGCAUGCGACGAGCGAAACGAUACACGCCGCCGGUGGCAGCACAGCCGUGCACGUAGAAGUACGCCUCAAACCUCACUCCACGGCUAGCGACGAGCAGGUACGGUCCGAAGUCAUCUCGUUCCUGACGGCUACGUUUACGACCUUACAAAGCGAAACAGAGGUCACAGAUUGGACCAGCUCUCCGUUCCUAAGUAUCAAUGUCAACAGGAUACGAAUCGCCGAAAUCGCCGCUUCCUCAUCAUCUUCGACCUCAACAGCAGUCUCUGUGACCGACGCAGCCCUACAGAUCCAUGUCUACCAACCGUCCUCGACCGACAUCAUCGACGAAUUCUCGGCUGCAGAUCCAAACGCCGACGACCCCGACGAGACCACCGCAGCUGCUGUCUCUGAACUUCCCAACCUCUCCCUCGACGGUAUAUGGGAUACGCUCAUCUACUCGGACGACAUCAAACCCAAACUGCUCAACUACAUUUACACCACGCUCCUCUUCUCGGAUGCCUCUGUCGAUUUCAAUCUCGUCUCUUGGAACCGCGUGGUUCUGCUGCAUGGACCACCGGGAACGGGCAAGACGUCGCUCUGCAAAGCCUUGGCACAAAAGCUCGCCAUCCGGUUAUCGCAUCGCUAUUCCCACGGAAAACUGGUCGAGAUCAACUCGCACUCGUUGUUCAGCAAAUGGUUUUCGGAGUCCGGAAAACUCGUACAGCGGUUGUUCAGCAUGAUCACGGAGAUGGUGGACGACGAAGAGGCGUUUGUGGUGGUGCUGAUCGAUGAAGUGGAAUCUCUCACCGCAGCUAGAAGCGCCGCUGCGCAAGGUAGCGAGCCUACGGAUUCGAUCCGUGUGGUCAACGCAUUGCUGACGCAGUUGGACAAGUUGAAGCACAGGAAGAACGUGCUGAUCAUGACAACGUCCAACAUGACAGAUUCAAUCGACAACGCGUUCGUCGAUAGGGCCGAUAUCAAGCAGUACGUCGGCUUGCCUCCGGCAGAGGCGGUGUAUUGGAUCCUGGAGAGCUGCUUGAAGGAGUUGAUGCGAGUCGGAUUGGUGGGCCAGGUGAGUUUGCCGAAGUAUCAGGAUGUAUUACGAUCGCAGAUGGCGCUGGAGACGGACGACGAGCUGCCAGCAGCUGGUGCGGAGAGCAGGGCAGGAGAAAAGCUGCUAGAGAUCGCAAACGGCUGCAAAGGAUUGUCGGGGCGAUCGUUGAGACGGUUGCCUGUGCUUGCGCAUGCACACCACAUCGGCAUGGCACAAGCACCCAUCGAUUGCGAGAUUUGGCUCGAGGCUAUGGCGAAAGCUCUGCAUGACACCAGGAAACAAGGCGCGAUCACUGGUAUCUAG